AUUGUAAUGUUAGCUCAUGUUUGCCUGGAUUCGUAACCUAAAAAUGUGAGAAAGUAGUUGUGAAUUUGGGAAACAUAACCGUCAAUACCAAACAAGGCAGCUCGGGUCUGACGACGAGGGUUGGGUCAUGGAUGCCUCUCCGUCGCCGUCGGAGACCUCGGGGACCCGGGGGCCAGUGCGGCGCGCCGGGAUGCCCCUGGCCGCCGGCGACCUCCGGAGGACCCUGGACGAGGACAGCGCCGGCGGCGUCAGGACGCAGGCGGACGUGUUCCGCCUGAGGGCCGAGUACAUCCUGGUGGCCAACCGGCUGGCGAGGAUCUACGACCAGAUGGCCAACGUGCAGAUGAGGCCUCUCGUGCUGGGACUUCUGGAGAUGAGCCUGGGAAGGAUACUCGAGCUCAAGGAGGAGUUGGUAAAUAUGGAAUCAUCAGAGUUUGUCUACGACGAUAAUUUUCUGAAAAGAAUGAUGUUGACUCCCUUAGAUCUCCAGAUAAAAGUUGCCAGAAUUCUACGAAAGACCCAUGAAGGAAAAAGGCAGAAGUUCUUGGAAUCGGUCGAAGCUUAUACAAAAGGAGAACAGCUGUUAAAUAUCGCAAAUGAAGAAAGUUCAUUGGAUGAGAUGGAGAAUGCUGAUGGUUUUGAAGAUGAGGCUGGUGACACCACCAUGGACUCUCAACUAACCACGCUCACAGAAGUAGCAACUGAAGUCUCAGCUGAAGGCUCACAACUGGAAGAGGGCCCGAGGGCAUCAGAACAACCAUUGGACUCAGCUCCAGAAGAGAAAAAAGAAACUGCUGAGGAAAUUUCAGCAUCGGAGCAGAAAGGAGAUGAAGGGGCUGAAGAGGAUGGGUUGACUGAUAUCGAAAAGGACACCUCUAAGAAGGAAGAGGGAGAUCAGGAGAAAGUUUCAAUGAUAUCUGAGGAGACAGAGGCUGCUGUUCCAGAAGAGAGUGAAAUUUCUGGGGAACCGCAGACAAUUGUAUCAGAAGAAACUGAGGACGAGUUAAUGCAGGAACCAAAGUUACCAGUCGAAGAGUUGGUGAUGUUGGAACGACGGGAUGCUGAGGCAGUGGAUCAAACUUUUGCAUUCCCUCUUGACUCGGAGAUGACAGUGCAAGAGGCGAUAAUCUUGAUACAGGCCCACGAGAGAGCGCGGCAAGGACGUCGUGCCUUCCUGGGCGAGAUGAAGAAGGGCGUUUUGAGAGAACUAGAAAAGUUCAAGCUCGAAUAUCCGAAGAUCGCUCACGAUUCAGCAGUCAACAUUCAGGCCGCCUGGAGGAGAUUCGUCUUCAGAAGGAAGUUGGGAACACGACAGACGAAUUUGUGUUUGUCAGUCGGAUUUUACCCGCCACAGCUGGCAUUGCAGCAGACACAGAAAAAAGAGAAAGAGCUUCAUAGUCACCGAGGAGACCUUCAAGAAUUACUUCAGCUGCAGUACGAGGAGGCUAAGCGCAGAGAGAGAGAGCGGCUCUUGGACGCCGAAGCCCAGUGCUCCAGCGCUAUGGAGGACAUGGUGGACGAGGUGCGUGCGUGGUUCGUCCACUGGUACCGCACGGCCAGCACCUUCCCCAAGUACCCGCCGGACGGGUCCCUCGCGGUGGCCAGCGGGAAGGCCGAGAGCCCCGAGCAGUUCCUGGCCGCAGAGGCGGCCAAGAUGGCGGCCAAGCCGAAGCGGGGUCGCGGCCGGGGUCCACCGCCACCGGCCAAGAAGCCAGGAGGUGCCGGGAAGACAGCCGCCGCCGCUCCCGAGGUGCCCACGAUGAAGCCCUCCAACUUCCUGGGGGACAUGCACGCUACGCUCGACGAGUACGACGGCGUGUGGGCAGACAGGGACGAGGCGUCCCCCGAGCUGCAGUGGGACCUGCUGAGGGAGGCCGAGCGCCGAGAAGUGGAGAGCCUCCACCUGCGCCCGGAGGUGGACCGGCUCAUGAAGCUCGAGCUGGUGGUCCUGAAGGAUGCGCUGCAGAUGGACAUCGCCAGGGCGAAAGGCAAGAAGGGAAAGAAAGGAAAGAAGGGAAAGAAAGGAAAGAAGGGCAAGAAAAAGGGAAAGGGCAAGAAAGGUGGGAAAAAGGGAAAGGGCAAGAAGGGGAAGAAGGGAAAGAAACGGAAGGGGGGAAAAGACCUCACAGAAGGAGUCCCCACCGAGGAGCUCUACACGAGGCUGGUGAUGAUGGGCGUGAUCAAAGACUACCCCAGCACCGACCUGUCCGCGUUCUUCGGCGAGGUGUCCUACACCGCUUUCGACCUCCGGCAGCAGAUGAAGAACCCGCUGCAUGCCCCGGGAGACGUCGUGCAGGCGGUCGUGGACGCCGCGGUGCUGCCCUUGAGCUCGGAGAAGGCGCGCAAGUUGGCGCCGCUGACGAGGUCCGUCUGCCUCGUGGGACCCCAAGGCAGCGGCAAGACCCUCCUGGUGCACGCAGUCUGCAGCGAGGUCGGCGCCACCCUGUUCGACCUCACCGCGGAGAACCUGGACCUGAUCGAGGAGGGCAAGGCAGCUCUGACCAUGCUCAUGCACCUCGUGCAGAAGAUGUCGCGCCUCCUGCAGCCUUCCAUCAUACUCGUCGACAACACGGAGAGGCUGUUCUACAAGAAGGUCCCGCCGGCCGAGAAGGCCUUGAACCCCAGGAGGCUGAAGGCUGUACUGCCCAAACUCGUCAAGGCCAUCACCGGCGAUGACCGUGUGGUGCUGAUCGGCACCACCAGGCAGCCUUGGGCGGCCAAGGCUCGCCCGCUGGUGAAGCUGUACCAGAGGUUCAUCAUGAUCCCUCCGCUGGACUACGCCACGGCCUUCAUGUUCUGGCAGAAGAUCCUCAUGCGCUAUGCCCGCGUGUCGAGGGAUCUGGACGUCUCAGCACUUGCGAGAGUGGCCAAGGGCUAUUCCAUUGGGGUCAUCCGGCUUGCCGUGGAGGCGGUGCUGACCCCGGAGCGCCUGGUGGGACUCCCGUCGAGGCCCUUGGAGGAGUGCGAGCUGCUGGAGGCCCUGCAGGGACUGCCCAGGACCUCCGCCGAGGAGACCAGGAAGACCCUGGCCUGGUACCACAAGAGCGCGCCGCUGGGCAAGAAGACGGUGAAGGCCUUGCAGGAGUACGCGCGCCUGCAGGAGGAGAUGAACCAGCCCAAGAGAGGGCGCGGGGCCAGAGGGGGCAGAGGGGCCAGAGGGGCCCCCGGGCGAGGCAAGUGACAACUGGAACAACCUGACAGGAAAGACAAUAAACAAUCCUUCUCCUCGCA